GCUCUCGCAGGUGCACCUGGACGUGGGUCACACACGCCCAGGGGCCAUCAUGGCUCUGGCCGUGUGCUCAGGACAGUGUGGCCCCGAGGGCAGUCAGGACAAGAGACCAGAGCCCUGUUCCUGCAUGCGGAGGGUGGCGUGGGGACUGGGGCCCGGCCGGCCUCACGAGGAAGUCCGCAGCGGACAGAAAGCUGUCCUCCCUCUAACGUUUAAGACCUUCAACUCUAAAUGGAUUUAGUUCAUGGGAGAUUCAUGCAUGGCUGUGUCAUCCGUGUGGCUGUGUUCUUAUUUUAUAGACGCUUACAUGACUAUUCCAUAUGGUGCGAUGUGAUCAAUAACAUCAUCUCGGUUGUGUGUUCUUGUGGUCCAGAACCUGAAGCGAGACAUGAAGGUGCUGCGAGCCUCUUCUCUGGAGGUUUUCAGAACUUGCUGGGAGCACCUGCAGGAUGGUCUUUCCGCAGUGGUGGCGGCCGUCCAGAGGGCACAGCUCUGCCACGAGGCUCUGCUGGCCUGGAAGUCGAAGGCGGGUCACCUGGAGCGGUCCUUGCAGGAAGUAAGCGCGCGGUAUGAGCUGGAGAAGCAGAAGAGGAAGAUGCUUCACAAUCGUUUGGUGCAGUGUGAGGCCUGAGGCCCAGGAGAUGUGAAGACUCGGGUUUCCAUUUCUGCACACGAUGAGGCCGGAGUUGAUGGUUUGUUGGAUGACCUUUGCUCCCGAGAGAUUUGCUGGCGUGCUGCAGCCCGGGCUAGCUCACAGUCCCACUGAGCCUGUGCUUGGCAACUCCCCGGCCCCCGGCUCCCCCAGAGGUUAGGAGUGGCUCUCCUGUCUGCUCGCUGUCUCCCCGUGUGGUUCGGGCUCUGUGCGCUUUCUGCUGACCAGGCACUCUGUAAGCGCCUCCGUGCAUGUUCCUGCCUGGUCUCAACAGCAGCAUCACCCUGGGUCCAAAGGGGCCAGGCGGGCGCUCGGGCAGGAACCAGGUCCAGGGUGGGACGAGGCUUGGCGCUCUGGCUGCCGCGUUCUGCGCCCUGGAAGACACACCGACAGCCUGUAAAUCAGCGGCUGUGCUUCACGACUAGUUGAAUCAACCAGCUGUGAGUCCAGGGUACGAUUCAGAACGGAUCUCCAGAGAAUGCUUUCUGAACAUUUAGAGGGAAAACGAGUUGCUCACGGAACCAGCAGGAGUGUAUGAGAAUUACAGUGUUCUCGUCCUUUCCAGGUAUCACAUCAAGAAAAGAGGAGAGAUGUAGAGUAUCUGGUCUUCAGCCAGGCUUUUGCAAAAGUAUGACAUGAAAUAUUAAUGAACAGAACGUCAGCAUAAGAGCUGCGAGCCAUCCUUCACAGGCCAGCCCCCGCCCCCCCAGGUUUUUGGCGUCUGUGGAGGCCGCGCAGUGAGGGAGGGGCAGGCCCGCCCAGCCAGGGACCUGGGCCCAGAUGACGGCCAGGAGAGGAGCUCUGUAGGGAUGUCCUCUGGGCUCUGUCCAGACUCUUUGGAUCCUAAUUCUUAUUGACAUGAUGGAGACAGAAAAGCAUAUUAUUGUAUUUGAGGAUAUGAAUUUGAAAGGAGUAUCCCAAAAUAUUUACACAGGCUAGAGCACUAGGCUCAAGCAGAGCAAACAGGCUAUGGAAUGCCAAGUACGCAGGUGCUGGCUGAUGAGGAAAUGGGAUAAGAGCAGGUGCCCGGGAGAGGUGCACAAGGGACAGGUGACCGCACGCAACAGCAUCGCCU